AUGCCAGACUCCGCUAUCCUGUAUAAAAAUGCCAGCAACGCAGUAUUCGUCAUUGACAUUCCAACCUCCAUUGCCCUGGCACAAAAUUUGUCCCCAGUACAAGCCGGGGCCGCCUUGACCACCCCAGCAGAAAAUGCCCUGGCGGAGAGCAGGAAACGUCCAACAGCACAUCUUCUCUCAUCCACACCAUUAAACAAGCCCUACCCUCUGUCUUCAGAGCCAAAAACAGAUGUCGCCCGCGCACGACUCCUCGAGAGGAUACCGCCCGCGGAGCGCGUCUACCACGCGGAUAUCAUUGAACCGCUGGUGCGCGACGCGCUGAACAAUAUCUGCACCAAUAACUCAGAUAUUCAGGGGGCCUGGUGUCUCUCUCGACGUGUGAUAGAGGACCAUAGUCCCACAGAUGACGUCCAUGAAGCCAAGAGGAAGUACGACCACGUCGAUGGUCGUCCACCACCUCCGGGAGACUUCCCGCUCAUCCUCGACGAAGAAUCAUCUGCUCAGUCAACAGCCACCCCCAGCGACGAUCCACCGUUGAUCCUCGCUCCAGGCGUGAACAUCUUCGCUUCACCGUCAGAUGUAUACAAUUGCUCGACGAGAAACACCUCGUCCGCACCCGCGACACUGCAAAUCACCCACGCACCAUCAGAACCAGAUGCCGACAACCCCAGCGACAGUGUGGCCUUCCGCAUUCCCCCGCUGUCGAGCUUCGUCCUGUGCAGGAUCCCCAUGUCACCAGACAUGUCUGUAGACGCACGCGCAUCCCCUAUCCCAGGCCUCUCGGCCUCCAGGAAGUUCGACCUCAUCCUCCUAGACCCCCCAUGGCACAACAAAUCGGUGCGCCGCAGCCGCCACUACCGCACGCAGUCCUACCGCGGAGGAGACGGUCUCACGCAGUGCGUGGCGGACAUCUUGCGCACGCAUCUCCAGCCCACGCCGCGAGCUAUUGCGGCCAUCUGGAUCACGAACUCGGGGAAGGCGCGCGCUGUCGCGUACGACGCACUGCGGGACGCCGGGAUGUGCGUGUGCGAGGAGUGGGUGUGGGCGAAGACGACGGCGGAUGGCGAGCCCAUCUGCGCGUUGGACGGGCUCUGGCGCAAGCCGUAUGAGAUUCUGGUCAUUGGGCGACGAGGUCGUGGGCUGGGCUCGCAUCCGCAUACUGUGGGUGUUGAGGAUGAGCCUAUGACGAGGAGGGUUAUUGCGGCUGUUCCGGACGUGCAUUCGAGAAAGCCGAAUUUGAGAGAGGUCCUGGAGACCGUUUUUUUUGGGCCGUCGGACGACCAUCGAGAUGGCUACUCUGCGCUGGAGGUGUUUGCGAGGAAUCUAACGGCCGGGUGGUGGGCUUGCGGCGAUGAGGUGUUGAAGUUCAACCAGGAUACGUGGUGGGUGCAAUAG